AUGGCGUGUGAACCAAGAAUUAUCGAAGAAUUCUACGAUAAACAUCGUGAAACAAUCGAAAGUACUCCAGAGGAGUUGAUUUUUAGUAUCGAUGAAACAUUCAUAAACAAAUUUAAGAAGAAGAAAGUUGCAUUACCUGAGGAGAUAGAGCAUAUGAUCGCCAAAGGAAUUCCAAACUUUCCGCACAUUACAGCUUUAUGCGGAUGCUCAAUGACAGGCAAAUCUGUCCCACCUCUCUUUGUUCUCCCAUGUAUUGCAGAACUACCUAGAGAACUGAAAGUAUUCCAGCGCGAAAGACAUUGUUGGUUUACUUCUACGCCAAAAGGCUGGGUGAACAGAAGUGUAUUCUUAUUGUAUUGCAUUUUCUUCAUCGAGUGGCUUAACUUUGAACGCCAGAGAAUGCCAGAAGAUAUACGUGACAAGCCUGCUCUCAUUGUGUGUGAUGGACACUCCAGCCGCGAGAAUCCUCUGGCAUUGUUCCUUUUGGCAAGUGCCAACAUCAAAUUAAUUGUUCUUCCCGCACAUACAACACACAUUUUACAAGUAUUUGAUGUUGGCAUUGCCAAAAGAUUAAAGUCCAAAUUCACGGAUUAUCUGAGAGAUUACAUUAAGGCACCGAAGCAAGA